UCUUUUUUUUUUUUGACCCUUUUAACGGGAAAAACCUGCCAACGGCUCAACAAUCAGCAAGCGGAUUUAGAGAGAAAAAGGACCAACACUCGCGGACGGCUGGCAGUAAGCCAAAGAGAGCAGGUACCGUAAAGCAGGAAGGGUAUUGCCGCGAGCAUCAAGGCAAGGGAGCCGUAAAGCCAAGCGCGGCGUCGAGGGCGGCUGCAGAAGGGGAAGCAGGAAAUCCGUCUGUCUAAUGCUAUCUUGCACUUACUGAGGGCAUAGUAAAGGAAAAUGAAGAACAGGAAGCCACCACCACCACCUUCACAAAGAAGCAAGGGGACUGCUGCAGCCAAACAAAUGGGCCUGCUGAUGGAUUUCUCUCCUGAAAACAUGAUGGCUAGCAAUGGGGAGGAUGAUCAGGAACUGGAAGCUGAAUUCCUGGCCAUUGUUGGAGGUCAGCCAGAUCCCAAACAGAAGCCAAAUGGAAAAACUCCUUUGCCAAUGGAGGCUAUUGAAAAAAUGGCUGCUCUCUGCAUGACGGACCUUGAUGAAGAGGAGGGGGUAGAAGAGGAAGAUUUGGAAGAUGAUGAUGAGCUAAUGGCUGAACUCACUGAAGUACUGGAGGAAGGUGGUAAGGCCCCAGAUAUUGUGGUACCUGCUGCUACUAAGGCAUAUGAUGCUCCAGCUGCUUCCAAUGCAUCUGAAUCCAUUUUGCUGGAAAGACUGGCCAUGUACAAGGCUGCAGUUGUUAAUGCAGAACAAGCGGGAGAAAGCUCCAAAAUGCGUCGCUAUGAAAGAGGCCUUAAGACUCUAGAAAACUUGUUGACCUCUGCAAGGAAGGGCAAAAAGAUUGAUGAAGAUGAGAUUCCUCCACCAGUAGCUACAGGAAAGAGUAGUAAUUGCCAGCAGGCUGCUUCUUUGAAGACCACUCCAGCCUCACAGCCCUCCGCCCCAGAAGGAAGUGCAAUGUUAAUCAACCACUUUACUCCAGAGUCAGCAGCUGCACCUCUUGAACAGUCACCAUCUAAAUCAUCCCCCAUAUCACAGCCGACUCCCAAAGUUCUACCGCCAAAACUUCCAAAGCCAAAGAUUUCUCCAACACCUGGUCUGCCACUCAGGUCCCCAGGAACACCACCAGAAACAUCUGCCCCAUCAGCAUCUUCCCUUUUGUCAGAUGCCCCAAACUCCAGCACUCAAGCUGUCCUGCAAGCCAGAGUACGGGAAUAUAAGCUGGCGGCCCUGCGUUCUAAGCAGGAAGGCAACAUUGAAAUGGCCACCAAAUAUUACCGCCUGGCGAAGAGUUUUGAACCUAUUUUAGAAUCUCUUAGUAAAGGAGAAGCUGUGGAUCUCAGCAAUCUGCCGCCACCUCCAGAUCAGUUAUCCAAGGAGAAGUUGUCCUCGCGUGUACAACAGACUCCUGUGGCAACCGCAACACCUCUUGCUCAAGCGGUAACUCUUCCAGCCCAAGGAGUCUCAAGUGCAGCUGAGAGGCCAGCACCCCCUCGAGAUAUGAUGGAGGCCCUGCAGCAGAGGAUGGACAGGUACAAGACUGCAGCAGCCCAGGCAAAGAGCAAAGGAGAGGACAGGAAGGCCAGAAUGCAUGAACGGAUUGUGAAGCAAUAUCAAGAGGCCAUCAAAGCUCAUAAAGCAGGGAAACCCGUGGAGUUUGCUGACCUUCCUGUGCCACCAGGUUUCCCUCCCAUCCAAGGAAUGGAAUCUUUGCCAGGAGAUCAGAGUUUUGCUGGGAUCCUUGAAACAGCCGUGAAACUAGCAAACGAGGACGAAGAUGCAGAAGAGACAAAAAAGCCUGACACCUGCGCAGCAGCAUCCAAGCCAGCCCCCUCAGUGCAGCUGAAGCUGCCACAUCAGCCAGGCCCACAAGCUGCCCCUGCAGCUGCAAAGCCAGCACCAACUGGUAAAAGUGCCCCAAAGGUGAUUGCAAAAGCUCAACAGCAGCUGACCUUCCUGGAAAACCGGAAGAAGCAACUGAAACAGGCAGCUCUCCGAGCAAAGCAGCAGAAUGACAUUGAGGGGGCCAAGCUGUUCUUAUGCCAGGCCAAGGGGCUGGACCCCAUGAUUGAGGCAUCACAAAGUGGGCUCCCAGUCGACAUAAGUAAGGUGCCCCAGGCUCCCAUGAACAAGGAGGAAUUCAUGCUUGUGCAGCGUAGCGGGGCCAACAUCUCCCCAGGAACAGCUGCCCAGUACACUGAGCUUGUGAAGCUAAUGAGACAGCAGCAUGAGAUGUGCAUCAGUUACUCAAAGCAGUUCACCCAUUUAGGGAACAUCACAGAAACCAUCAAAUUUGAGAAGAUGGCUGAAGACUGCAAAAAAAAUAUGGAGAUCUUAAAACAAGCACACGCCAAGGGACUUCCACUACCAAAAUAUCAUUAUGAGCAGCGGACUUUCAGCGUGAUCAAGAUCUUUCCAGAAUUAAACAGCAAUGAUAUGAUUCUUUCAAUAGUGAAAGGAAUCAACCUCCCAGCUCCUCCAGGCAUAUCUCCUGGUGAUUUGGAUGCUUUUGUUCGCUUUGAGUUUCCUUAUCCUAAUAUGGAGGAAGCUCAAAAAGAUAAGACCAGCGUGAUCAAAAACUCCAACUGUCCUGAAUUCCAAGAGAAGUUCAAGCUGUUUAUUAAUCGGAGCCAUCGAGGAUUCAAGAGAGCCAUUCAGUCCAAAGGAAUCAAAUUUGAAGUUGUCCAUAAAGGGGGGCUAUUCAAAAAUGACCGUGUGGUGGGAACAGCUCAAUUGAAGUUGGAAGCACUGGAGACCACUUGUGAGCUUCGGGAGAUUUUAGAGCUUUUGGAUGGUCGACGGCCCACUGGAGGCAGGUUAGAAGUGAUUGUCCGCCUCAGAGAGCCAUUGACGUCCCAGCAGCUGGAGACCACAACAGAGAAGUGGCUGGUCAUUGAUCCCCUCACUGGGCCACCAGCUGCCUUUCCCAAACCUAAGACAGCAGUAGCUCCUGUGAAAGACAUAGGCAGUAGCAAGGCAGCUUGUUCUCUGCAGAGCUUCAAUAUAUUAGCUUCUGACAAGGAGAGGCUGGAGAAAAAGAUAGUGGCAUACAAUCAAGCUGGUCAGCCACCACCCAGUGACCUGAUACAGCAGCAUCAGAACAUCAUUCAGAAGAUCACCUGGCAAAAGUCCCAGCUGCAGCGUGGAGGAGCUGCAAUCAUGAAAGAAUAUCUGACUCGACUGGAGCAGUACCAACAAUGGUACACAGAGGCAGCAAGGCGCCUUGGAAAUGAAGGAAAACGGGAGGCAGCUAAGGAUGCUCUUUACAAGCGCAAUCUGGUGGAGAGGGAGCUGCAGAAGUUUCAGAAAUGAAGGAGUGAAGAGCUAAAGUCAGAAAGCACUUAAAUCACCUAACCAAGCAGCUAUGCUUUUAAGCACCGUCUUUUCACUGUUAGGGUGAAGGGUAGUGGAGAGACCAAGAUGCAUAGGCUGUAUGCUGAUGGAUCAGUAAUGCCACGCGUUGAUUCUUGCUCAACUGAAUUUGCAGAAAGCUCUUCCUAGGCUUCACCAUAUCUAGAAAGGUGAAGUUUCCCUCAGUUCCCCACAAGUACAUGUAACCCUGAUAAGUGAAGAGAGACAAUCCACGUGACAGGUGCCUUAUAGCUACAUUUACCACUUCUUCCUCUUUUGCGCUAGGUGCUUUGCACUCCAUUUGAGCUCUGAUUUUUUUGCCUGAUCUAAUCUAACCCCUUCUUGGUGGUCAAGGAGAUCUAGUUGAGAUGCCUUGUGUGCGAAGUCUUGUAUGCCCAUCCCUGUGUGAUUCCAGUUUCUAAAUCUGCCUUGUAUGCCAGUUGGGAUGGAAGUCCUGUCCAUGUGGUAUCCUCCUCUACUGGCCAGGGGAUUUAAUAGGUUUAGAUGCCUAUUGUAGACAUCAAUUGCAGUGAUGGAAAGACUCCAGAACAUCCCAAAUUAACUGAGUUGGCCUAGUUAGGAAUUUGGCACUUUCAGUGUGUUUAAUGAGGUCAUUCCAGAAGCCAUCUAGUCUGCAUUCAUCUCCUAAAUUCUCUUAUAGCUACAUCUGCCAUUCUGUCCUCUUUUGCACCAGGCACUUUGCACACUCUAUUUGAGCUUUGAUUUUCUUGCCCUUAUUUGUGUAUUCUUCCACUGACAGUUGAAUAAUUCACUUUUGACUCAUCUAAUCCCUUCUCAGUGGUCAAAGAGAUCUAGUUGGGAUUCCUUGUGUGUGCAGUCUUGCAUGCCUGUGGGAAUCAAGCUUCUAAAUCUGCCUUGUAUGCCAGUUGAGAUGGAAGUCCUGCAUAUGUGGUAGCUGACUAGUCUGCCCCUUAUACAAUCCCUGUCAUGGAAAAUUAUAUAGCCACAAGACUCGCACUUUUUGAUGGAUCUGGACCUCUAACAUACUCUUUCAUUGUUUUUUCCUUGCCUUGGAGGGGCCAAGGGAAGAAGCAUCUAUGAGAAUGCUGAAGGAGAUGGUUCCUUUUUCUAAUGCAUAAACAGUAGCAGAGCAGUCCUUCUGCUAGGGAAGGAAUAACCAUUCAGUUCUGGUGCACAAACAGCUUGUGAGAUUCAAUCAUGGCACUCUUAUGCAGGUUAGAUCUCCUCAUAAUAUAUUUAAUUAUACUAUUUUAUUUCUGUUGAAUAGGAAAUGGUGUCUGAUAAUCACCAGUCCAUGAUACAUUAUACAGAGAGCCUGCAUCACUUAGCUCCCCUUCCCCAUUCACAAAUGUUUUCAGAAACAGAAGAAAUGCUGCUGAAACCUGUUGGGGUACUUUUUUUUCCUGUAAAGUCCCUUUUGACAGAUGGAAAUGUGACCUUUCCUGGUUCUUUUUUCUACAAUAGAUUGAGUAUAAGAAAUUAACUCAGGAUUGUUGCUGCUGCUCAGGAUGGAUGAGGUGAUGAGCUGUGGGUUAUAUCCAGAUUGUCUUCCCUGCCUUCGCCUACAUACCUUUUAAAACCAAAUUUUAGUUUAAUUCUAAAGAGGAUAAAAGAAAAAUAAAUGUACUAUGUACCCUUUUCUCCCCUGACCCAUUUUCACAAUCUCAUUUUUUAUAGAAGUGCCUGUCUGAAAUUAUUGUUCAGCCAGAGGCUUUCAGAGCCAAUGUUAAAAGCAAAGGCUGCAAAUCUGUGUUAUGGCUUUAUUUUAUGUAUAAGAUGACAUAAAUAUAUAACAUUUUUAAGGGAGGGAGGGGAGAGAUUGUGUUUAAAAUAAAAAUUCUAUAAUGCACCAGUAAUAAAACCUUCUUCAAACUUUCUUUUAA